AUGCCAUCCUACAUGCGAGCCUCUUCCCGGUCCUUCUCAUUCCCUCCAUGCAUCGACAGCGUGGAUAUGGAGCCCGGGUAUAACAUGGGGCUUCCAGACAUCGAUGAAGAGCCCUUCGCUCACUUCCUUACGCCUUUAAGUGAAGAGGAUGACCCCUACGACCCCUUGUCGUUGAGUGCAGGCAUCAUCGAUGGUCCACGCACCAGCAAGGCCUCCAAGUUCAGAUCUGAUGUGUCCAAUAAGUGGACGCGCUAUGUCAAGCAAAAUCACACGGAAUUGCAUACACGGUACCAUGUUCCCACGAUCCCCGAGGAUGAUGAAGAAUCCUUCAUGGGUCUCGAUGACGACCGUCUCAACUACACGCCACAGACAAUAGCGCACACAUCACCACGGAUCACCGUCACGGAGCCAACGCGUGGUCGUGCACAAGAGCUUGUGCAACGAAAGGAGCGCAAUCGCCGACAGAGGACAUCGCGCACACUUUCCGGUUACCGCCACUCCUGGCGCGAGCCAAGUCCGGAGCUCUUCACUGUGGACGAGUCAGAAGAGGACGAAGUGGUUGUGAGACGUGCAAAGACACGCAAGGCCAAGGAUGGCGCAGAACGCCGGAGGUCGUCGACGAGGUCAAAGUCAAGAGCAAGGGCUGAUGGGUCUGAACGAGCAAGACUGUAG